UCGCCGUCGGUAGUGGUGGGUGCCGCGCUCUGCGCUCGAAUCCCAGGCCUGGGCAAGGCCCAGCGAGAGCUCUGCAAGAGAUCGCCCCACGCGAUGCCGGCCGUCGGCGAGGGUGCCGAGAUGGGACUCAAAGAGUGUCGACAUCAGUUCAGAAAUCAUCGAUGGAACUGCUCGGACGUGGUGGACGAUCAGAUUUUCGGACACGUCGUCGUAGUGGGUAGCAGAGAGGCCGCCUUCACGUACGCGAUCGCCUCGGCCGGUGUUACGUACGCCGUGACCGCCGCCUGCAGUCGAGGCAACAUCACGGCUUGUGGAUGCGAGUCUUCCCUAAGGACGCGGAAAGAAGUUCCUCCAAAUGGCUGGGAAUGGGGUGGCUGCAGCGCCGAUAUCUCUUACGGAAUGAGGUUCGCGCGAAGGUUCCUAGACGCCAGAGAAAUCGAAGGCGACGCCAGAAGCCUCAUGAACCUGCACAACAACAAAGCUGGUCGAAAGAUCGUUAAAUCGCUACUGCAGACGGAAUGCAAGUGCCACGGCGUCUCGGGAUCCUGCACGGUGCGCACCUGUUGGCGGACGCUGCCGACCUUCCGCCAGAUCGGCGACGCUCUCAUGAAGAAGUAUUACCGGGCGAGGCCGGUCAUAGCCAUCACGCCGCCCCCGGCCCCGUCCCAGUCCUCCUCGUCCUCGAGCUCCUCGGAGUCGAUGCAGCUCAGAUCGUCGAGCGUCCCGUCCACGCGGCCGAUCCUCGUCAACGACGCCAAGAGCCAAGGGGCCAUCGAGGCUCUGCUCCAGGCUGACGACGAGGACGCGCCCCUCUCUGGCCUCCUCGCCUCGGAUCACGGCUGGCCGGUCAAGAGGUCGGGCUCCGUCGUCGUGCACGCGCCCGUCAAGCAGCAGCAGCAGCAGCAACAGCCGAGGCAGCCUCAUUUGGUACUGAAACGAGCGAAAUUCGACAGUACGAGUCCAGCCAGCAGCAUCAGCCAGAAGAGGAUACCGAAGCGGAGCGAGCUGGUGUUUCUGCAGCCGUCGCCGAAUUACUGCGAGCCGGACCUCGAGCAGGGCAGUCUGGGUACUCAGGGCAGAUACUGCAACCGAACGAGUAGAGGCACGGAUGGCUGUGAUCUCAUGUGCUGUGGCCGAGGCUACAACACCCACCAGUUUACGCGCACGUGGCAAUGUAACUGCAAGUUCCAGUGGUGCUGCAAGGUGCAUUGCGAAACCUGCACCGAACGCACCGAGGAGUACACCUGCAAAUAAUGCUCCCCUCUUUUUUAAUAGAAAAAAUAAUCUCUUCGACUGUAAUUAUAGCCUUCUUUUAUCUCUCUGCAAAUUCGUAGGUUUAAAUUUUAUGGGUUGCCUAUGCCUGCGAUCGCGCACCUGUAUCAUGUAAAAAUAACAAAUGAAAUUAAAACUAGCCUCGUGUACAGAGACGUUUCAUACUCGAUGUAAAUUCCGUAUACAUGUAUUGUCAUAUCUGUUUGUACUUACAGAGAAAAAUGUACGAUUG